CAAACCUUUCCAACUCCAACCCCACUACUUAUAAUCUCUCUCCCAAAACACAAUCAUUAUCGCAAAAAUGUCCAAAAAACUUAACCCUCUUCAUUUUCUCAUCCUCAUAACCAUACUAUAUUGUAUCUUAAUUUCAUCCACCGCAAAAGCAUCAACAUACAAUGUAAUCCAAUUCGGAGCCAAACCAAACGGAAAAACCGAUUCCACAAAAGCAUUCCUAAAUGCAUGGACUAAAGCAUGUGCUUCACCUAAUCCCGUAUCAAUUUACGUACCACAAGGGAAAUUCUUACUUGGAGCCGCAACGUUUAAUGGAAAAUGUACCAAUAAGGCUAUUUCUAUAAUCAUUGAUGGUACUUUGGUUGCUCCUUCUGAUUACCGUUUAACCGGAAAUGCCGGUUACUGGUUGAAGUUUCAGCACGUCGACGGGGUUUCGAUCCGCGGCGGUGUGCUUGAUGGACAGGGGACUUCUUUGUGGGAUUGCAAAAACUCAGGAAAAAGUAGUAAUUGUCCAACUGGAGUUACGACGCUGGAAUUUAGCAACUCCAAAAACAUUAUGAUCAGUGGGUUGACAUCAAUGAAUAGUCAAAUGUUCCACAUCGUGUUCAAUGGAUGCCAAAACGUUAUGGCUCAAGGCGUAAAAAUCAUGGCGGCCGGAAACAGCCCAAACACCGACGGCAUCCAUGUCCAAAUGUCCUCCCACGUCACCAUCCUCAAAUCAAAUAUUCGAACCGGUGAUGAUUGCAUCUCCAUUGGCCCUGGCACCAGUAAUUUGUGGAUCGAAAAUAUUGCAUGUGGACCUGGACAUGGAAUAAGCAUUGGAAGCUUAGGAUGGGAGUUAAACGAACCAGGUGUACAAAAUGUGACAGUUAAAACGGUUACAUUCUCAGGGACUCAAAAUGGUGUUAGGAUAAAGUCUUGGGGUAGACCUAGCAAUGGAUUUGUGAGGAACGUGUUUUUCCAAGAUGCAAUUAUGGUUAAUGUCCAAAACCCAAUUGUAAUUGACCAGAAUUACUGCCCUAAUAACAAGGACUGCCCUGGCCAGGCAUCUGGGAUUAAAAUCAGUGAUGUUACAUACGAAGACAUUCAUGGAACAUCAGCAACACAGGUAGCUGUAAAAUUCGAUUGUAGCUAUAAGUAUCCAUGCAGUGGGUUAAAGUUGAAGGAUGUAAAGCUAACAUACAAAAAUCAAGUUGCUGAAGCAUCUUGUAAUCAUGCUGGUGGAGCUGCGUUGGGUUUAGUUCAACCACAGAGUUGCUUAUAGAACAAAUAAAAUAAUUAAACAAAGAUUUUGAAUUGGAUCUCAGUCUUUGUUUUUACAUAUAAUCAAUUAAUUCAAACAAUGUAUCACUAUGUUGUAGUUUCAGAAGUUGUUUAGUUUUUGGUUUAUUGCUUGAUCUGAGGUUUUGUAGCCCAUUGGGCCGAGCCUGGUCUUGCAAUUCUUAUGGACUAUAGAAAAGUCCAAUUUUCUAUUACACGAUUAUAUUUCCACUAUUCAAAUUAUACGCAUAUAUUUGUAAGAAAGUAAAUUAAAGGGUAUAUGAAUUAUUAUAUUGGAUUUAUGUAA